UUACGAUUUUAGCCAAUCACAUUGUCCCAGGUCACACACAGCAAAUGUACAGGAAGGAAAGAUGGCAGCCAGAAAUGGGAAAAAUGGUCUACUUGAGAAAUGGAGGAUUGAUGAGAAACCUGUGAAGAUUGACAAAUGGGAUGGUGCAGCUGUCAAGAAUUCUCUUGAUGAUGCAGCAAAGAAGGUCCUCUUGGAGAAGUAUGGUUAUGCAGAGAACUUCAAUCUCGUAGAUGGACGUCUCCUUAUUUGCACAAUCUCCUGCCUCUUCGCCAUCGUAGCUUUAAUUUGGGACUUCCUUUAUCCAUUCCCUGAGUCCAAGCCAGUCCUGGCAAUCUGUGUCAUAUCUUAUUUCAUAAUGAUGGGUAUUCUAACCUUAUAUACCUCUUACCAAGAAAAGAACAUCUUCCUUGUUUCUGUCCAGAAGGACCCCGCUGGCAUGGACCCUGACCACACUUGGCAGCUUUCAUCUAGUCUGAAAAGGUUUGAUGACCAGUACACACUAAGAGUGUCCUUCUCAGAUGGGAAGUCGAAACACACGCGGGUGCAAGAGAUCACGAAGUCUGUGGGGGCUUUCUUUGACGGGAACGGAACACUGGUCAUGGACCAGUUUGAAAAGUGUGUGUCAAAACUCCAUGAUACCUUGGCCACUGAAAAGAAGACAAAAUAAUAAUCAUUAGACAUAGCCUUCUUUACAAUGCUGCACCACACUGGCAGUAACUGCAGUAGAGCACACUGGUAUUGUACGGUCCUGGGUGCAUUUGAAUUAGUUAUUGGUUGUUAUAAAAGUCUGCACGCCAGCAUUUGUUGUCCAUUAUUUAAUUUGUCCAAUAAAUUUUGACUGUUGUGCAUACAUUUUUUUCUUCCUAUGUUUACCUUGAUACAAGUCUCAUCUAGACAUUGCUUUUAAGAACCCCUAAGACAACUCAAAACAAAGAUUAAUAAAAUAUUUCUUGCACCACUCAAGUUAUCUUCACCAUUGAAUGGUUGUUCUAAAAAUGAAGAUUAGUCCUUUUAUUGUUUAACUUCUCUUCCCCACAUUUUAUGCUGCCUUACAUAAUGUGUGCAGUGAAUGACCAGAUCAUUGUUGGAAAUGAUGUAAAAUACGUAUGUUUUUGUCCUGAAAGCCUUAUUCAAUGUAACUAGUGUAUUUUAAAAGCUUUGCAAUUCUACAUGUAUUUUUCUGUUUAUGGAUUUUGUUACUACAGUAUGUAGUUACCAUAAGGCUUUAAAGGGCAAAAGAAACGAUCUGAAAAGGGACUGUAUCCACACAUUUACUAGUGUCAUUACCAUUCCUCUCUUCAGUACAUGGUUUGUUGGAAGUGUUUUUUUUAAGUUGGAAUCCAUUUUGGUGAAACUGCCAAGUCCUUCUGCGAUAUUACAGCAACAAAUAUGUUACUUCGAAAGAAAAAAAAAUUCCCCUCCAGAUAUUGAACAUCAUUGCACGCAGAGAAGAACUGCAGAGUAUGUACUGCGAUUUUAUUUGUAUAUAACAGCGCCACUGGUAUAUAUAUGAUCGGUGGCGGUGUUUCACCUUUCGCGGCUCUCAGCAUUAAAGCACGGGUAAUUGUUUUGAUGUACAUGUUUUGUCAACGAUUUGGAAAUUAAAUAGUAUUGAUUAGUUAUCCUCACGUAGGAGUGCAUGACCAUUGGUUUUCAAUUUCCAGUCUCACAGAAUAUUGAAUACACAAGCACAUUUUUUUGGGACUUAUAUUGGUAAAGUUUCCUGGAUUCAGUUUAUUUCUCUGUAGUAUGACUUUAAAAGUGAGUGGUACAGAGACAUUGCCGUUUUUGUCCGUAGAUUUUUGGCUUUAGCAAACUUAUUGUACGUUCCUGUUCUUCAUAUAAGUUUAAAAUAAAGUUAGAAAGCAUUUUUA